AUCGUCGUGCUUCAGUCAGCCGCUGCCGGCCAUAGCGCGAACAUGUGGCUGCGAUGCUUGGCUGCCAUCGUGCUGAUCGCGGCAACAGCUUCUAAGGAAGUCUUCACCAACUCGUUCCUGGUUCGCUUCAAGCGGUCGGUGCAGCACGAGGAGGCGCAUCGUGUUGCCAGAGUCCACGGCUUCGAGAGCCUCGGUCCGGUACUGGGGUCUGACACAGAAUGGCACUUCGCGCACCGUGGUCUGCCACACGCGCGCCCUCGCCGCUCUAUCGCACAUGCGCGCAUCCUCAAACAACAUCCACUUAUCCACACAGCUAUCCAGCAGUCCGGUUUUAAGCGCGUUAAGCGAGGUUUCCGCCCCCUCCGUCUCCCAGAGACGCCUCCUGCUGCCGAGCCCAGGGACCCCUACUUCCCACUGCAGUGGUACCUGAAGAAUACCGGCCAAAAUGGGGGGAAGCCUAAAUUAGAUCUAAAUGUGGAGGCGGCUUGGGCCCAGGGGUACACAGGGGUCAAUGUUACUACAGCGAUUAUGGAUGACGGUGUGGAUUACAUGCACCCCGAUUUGAAGUACAACUAUAACGCGGAGGCAUCGUACGACUUCAGUAGCAACGAUCCAUACCCGUACCCUCGGUACACCGACGAUUGGUUCAACAGUCACGGCACGAGAUGCGCGGGAGAGGUGGCGGCGGCACGGGACAACGGCGUGUGCGGCGUUGGCGUCGCCUACCACUCCAAGGUAGCAGGUAUUAGGAUGCUGGACCAGCCAUAUAUGACAGACCUGAUCGAGGCCAACUCCAUGGGCCACGAGCCACAUAAGAUCCACAUCUACAGUGCUUCCUGGGGCCCUACUGAUGAUGGCCGAACCGUGGACGGUCCACGGAAUGCCACUAUGAGGGCCAUAGUGAGAGGGGUUAACGAGGGACGCAACGGACUCGGUAACAUCUACGUGUGGGCGAGCGGCGAUGGCGGAGAAGAUGAUGAUUGCAACUGUGAUGGAUAUGCUGCUUCCAUGUGGACCGUUUCUAUCAAUAGCGCCAUUAACGAUGGUCAAAACGCGCACUAUGACGAGUCCUGCUCUUCAACUCUUGCCAGCACAUUCAGCAACGGAGCCAGAGACCCCAGCACCGGUGUGGCCACUACGGAUCUUUACGGGAAAUGCACUGCGACCCAUUCCGGAACUUCUGCCGCUGCUCCUGAGGCUGCUGGUGUUUUUGCUUUGGCACUUCAUGCUAAUCCUAACUUGACUUGGCGAGAUAUCCAACAUCUGACUGUGUUGACUUCCAAACGAAAUUCAUUGUAUGAUGCAAAGGGUCGUUUUCACUGGACGAUGAAUGGAGUAGGUCUGGAGUUUAACCAUUUGUUUGGAUUCGGCGUGCUGGAUGCUGGUGCCAUGACAGCUUUGGCUGCUAACUGGCGAUCAGUGCCCCCUAGAUACCACUGUGAAGCGGGGUCGGUCAACACUCAUACUGAGAUCCCUCAAAAAGGCAACAGUAUCACCUUGAAGAUUGACACAAAAGCGUGCGCUGGCACGCCGAGUGAGGUGCGGUAUUUGGAACACGUGCAGGCUGUCGUAAGUGCCAACUCCACUCGGCGAGGAGACCUCGAGUUCUUCCUCACUAGUCCCAUGGGAACUAGGUCAAUGAUCCUGAGCAGGCGUGCCAACGACGACGACUCUAGAGAUGGGUUUACCAAAUGGCCGUUCAUGACCACGCAUACCUGGGGAGAAUAUCCUCAAGGCAUUUGGACUUUGGAGGCGCGAAUCAACGGUGGCUCCAGUCCUUCACAAACCUCAGGUUUCCUCCGUGGCUGGUCACUGGUCCUCCACGGCACUCGAGCUCCUCCAUAUGCGCAAUUGCAGCCUCAAGAUCCUCAUUCAAAGCUCGCCGUCGUUAAGAAGGCUCACGAAGAUAACGCCAUCAAGAAAUAAGAGCUCGUUGGUGUAUGGUGGGUUGCGGUAUCUAGUAAACAAGUGAUCUGUGGAAGUCAUGUACAGUGCAGCUAGUAAUUAUUUUCAGAGUAAUGGAUAAUCAGCUUGCGUUUUAAAUGAAGAUCCGAUUUAAUUUACCUGCAGGAUCCAAUUUUCAAAACUAAAUUUAUAAUAUAAUACAACAAGUAUAGUAUAGGUAACUUCAUACAAACGUAUGUGUGAGUGCCCGCCGCGUGUCAUGUACGAACGCACAUAUUCGCAUAAUCUCGUGAUGCACUCGCGUUGCAAAGCGCCGAUCGUCUCAUGCGCCUUUCAUUAUGCGACAGGCGUGAUCACAAGUCACGCUGCUGCGUAUGAACGGAGUUGCCAUACUUGUCUUAUUCAUAUUAUGCAAAAUUAUUUAAAAAAAUGUUGAAUAUUCAAGUAUUUUAAACUGUGAUUGUAAAUGUUUACUAGAUGCGGCAAUUCAUUAUUGGACGUUUAGAGUAAAAUUAAAAAAUAACAGUUCUUAAGACUUGAGAA